AUGAAGAAGUUCCUAUCCAGGACCACAGGAGGAGAUGUGCUGAGCCCCAACCCAUGCUCUCAGAAGCUUGCAGUCAGGGCGCUGAAGCCCACGAGGGAGCAAAGCCCCCCAGAAGCCCACAGUCAGUCCCCUGUCCAGCUCACAGGGCAGUCCCCCUUCCGGGACAGUCCCAGGCACGGGGGCCGCCGGCGGCGCCUGCCCCUAGCCCGGCCAGCCGCCAGAGGGCGCGCCCGCGUCACGGAGAGCCCCGCCCCCGUUCUGGACAUCCUAGAUCUCUGGGUCUGUGCCACCGUCUCCGCCAGUGGCUGCCGAAGCUGGUGGCCAGACCAAGGCACGCCGGUGCCUCGCAGGGAUGUGAUUGCAAGGCCCUACUCCGCGCAGUUCUUCCCAACUAGCCCCCAACUUCUCCCCCCACCCCUCACCCGCCCCCCCUCCCACUCCAUCCUGCUUGAGACAGAUGAGCACAUAGACCGCGAAUCAGCAUGGCCUUGGCGCCUGCCAAAGGAGCCUUCUCAUCGGACGACUAGUAGCACUGGCGUCCAGCCCGUGCCCCGCGCGCUCACGCUCACGCAGUUGGAGGGCUGGCUUCAACUCCGGUGGGAGGUGAUGGAGUCCACUGUAUGGAGAAAGGGGGCGUGGUUUGGAAUCUGGUGCCUGGCUCGCAACCUCUCCCCGCCUCCUUCUCCCCUCCCCUCCCCGCCCUUCACCGCCCCUACCCUCCCCUCCCCUCCGCUUGCCGCCCCUCGGCAGGGCUUUCCUCCACUCUGCGGGGCCCCAACAGUCCGUCCGUAUAUUCCUCCAACCUUCCAUCGAGCCGUGGAUCCGCCCACCCUUCCUUCCGUCUGUCGGUCUGCCGGACCACUGGAAGACCUAGGCCCCAGGCCCUUCCUAGAGCACCGGACACGGCCCGCGCCUGCGCCCGCCCGCCAGCCCGCCAGCCAGCCAGCCAGCCAACGUGUCGCCCACCCCUCAGAGACAAGUCGCUUAGCAACCGUGCCCGAGGCGCAGCCAGGCCUCGCGGCCUGGUCGCCUGCGCAUGCGCGCCUGGAGGACCGGCUUCAGCUCCACCAGCCAGAAGGACGACAGGAGGGCCGAGCGGCCACGGUGAGAGGCGGCCUUCCCGAGUUGGUCGUAUGGACGCCUCCCCUUAGGUCCCAGCCCAACCGAAGCUCCCGGCCUCAGCGGGGAAGUUUCUUUCCCUGUUGGAUUCCCACUGCCAUCAAGGAAACGCAGGCUGAGAUACUAACAGCACACGCCCGAGUCGAGGGCUUGGCUCACCAAUCAACUUCUCCUCUGGGGGCUCACAAGGCAGGAAGUUUAAAGGCUUUCUCGUUCCGCGCCCUCCAGCGCUCAAGGUUCUGGUGGUGGCAGCAACCCAGUUCCAGGCGAGUCUGCCAAAACUCAUCAGAAAACAAAGGGGAGUGUGGUGCAUUUCCUGGGAUGCAGAUCAUGCUGAAAGAAAUAGGAACAGACGUUCCAUCCUAGGUGAAAGACACAGAAGGGAAAUGCCCAGUCCGGACCGGGAAUGGAAGGUCCUUGAUGAGGUGAAAAACAGAACAAAGCAAAGCAAUGGAAAUAGGGGAUGGCCAAGACUUCCCAAGAACAGAAGCACUGACCGGAGCCAAAAGGGGUUUAAGAAGGAAAAGCGAACCCAGUGCCAUGGAACGCGUGUACUGCAGAGGAGGAGGAGGAGAGAAUCAUGGAGAAGACGGAAGAGCACACACAAGCACAGAGAAGAGAGAGAGCGAGUCAGACAGGUGUGGAAUCGGGAUGCGGCCAGGAAGGAGGGAGGCAGAGGGUGCACCUCUGAGGCGGUGUUUGGAGAUUUCAGGGCUGAUAAUGACCCCAAGCCGUGCUUUGGACCACAGGGAGAACCCCCAGGGGGGGUCACGAUGAAGAAGUUCCUAUCCAGGACCACAGGAGGAGAUGUGCUGAGCCCCAACCCAUGCUCUCAGAAGCUUGCAGUCAGGGUGAGCCGACCCCAAACACCCAGAGAGAGCACUUUCCAACAGCAGAGGAUAGCCCCACCGCCCCCAUCCCAUCCCGGGGUCCCUACAUCCCAGCAAGAAGACUGGAAGCUAGCAAAUGAAGUGCUGGUAGGCCAAAACACACAGCUCAACUGGAAGUGGAUCGGUGGUGGUGAAUUUUCCAGAAGGUUGUAGUCGAGUGGAUCAUGCCUUGCCCAAGGGACUUUCCUCUUCCAGAUCAUGGCGCUGUGGUCG